AUGAAGGAGUCGGCGAAUGCUCGCUUGGUUGCAGUGAGUCUUGUCGCAAUGACCGUGGAUGUGACGCCUGUCACCUUCAUCAAGGCCGAGGUGUCGUUGGUCGGAAAAGCUCCGAGAGAAGCAGUUAGGGAGGUGGCAGGAAGACCUGAUGUUAGUGCAGCUUCAGCCGCUUUUGCCUACCGCAGCGGAAUACAGCGGCUCGCCAAGUGGCUGGACGAGAUAUUUACCACAGAACGGAGCCGCGAGAUCCCGAUUCACUUUAUACCCACCGUCCACGAGCCUCCGCAAACGACCAAGCGAAGACAAUCUGACGAUGCUCACAAAUUACUAGCAGACGGUAAAGAACAAGAAAGAGGAAGGAAGGACCCUUAUGUUCGACGAGAGUUUCGACAAAGGAAAACGGCGUUGGGCGCUUUCUACUACUGCCAAUAUAAGGAAAAUAAGCUGGUGUACGAAAAAAGGCAACACCUUAGUCUGCAGUCUACUUAG